AUACCACCUAUUACACACACAUACACUAGUUGAUCUUUAUUCUCCCUGAGACUCUGGUGAUUACUGAUUAGUGAUGGCUUUAGCAAUUAGGGAGACACUAGCUUUCUUGAUGAUCACAAUGCUUUUCCAAGUCUCUUCUGCCACUGUUUACAAGGUGGGUGGCUCUGCUGGGUGGACGUUGCCUAUUUUAAGAAAUGUUGAUUACAGUAAAUGGGCUUCUAACAAGCCAUUCCAUGUUGGAGAUGUUGUUGUAUUCAGCUACAACAAACUAUUUCACAACGUGGAGCAAGUAACCCAGAAAAAUUAUCAGGCUUGCAAUGCAACAUUUCCCAUCGCUUCUUACAACACCGGCAACGACUCUAUCACCCUCGAAAAGGUUGGCCACAAGUAUUUCAUAUGCGGUGUUCCCGGUCACUGUCAGGUUGGACAGAAGGUUGACAUCAACGUCACUCCACUUGCUCCUGUUCCUGCACCAACAACAAUCUGAUCUUCACUUGUUCAAUCUCUGCUAGGAUUUAAUUUUCUUUUGCUUUUUCAUGUACUAGACCAACAGGUUUCUCAGAGAUAAAUAAUACUGUUGAAUCUCUACGAGGUUUAGUGUUUUAA